AAAGUACAAUUUGAGUUGACUACAACGAGAGUAAUAACGAAAUCUAUUCAUCCUUAUAUCCUCAUUGCUUCUAGUCCUGCCAUCCCGGAUGGCCAGCCUUGGCGGGAUGGCGCAUCACGUGACCUUAGGCCCCGCAAUGCCCUCUUGUCUUCUGACGUGGACGUGGUUGGUCCUUAA